AAAAUAUCGAGUUUCGAAGCUCAUCGCGGUUUUUCUGUGUGAUUUUACACUUAACUUGCGGUCACUGGGAUUAUAGUGUGAGGAAGUGAGUGUCAAGUGAUGGAAGUAACGUGAAGUGCUACAGACCAAUGUGUUAAACAAGAUGGAGAAUGGUGGCAAGCACCCCGAAUCCCCUAGGAGGGGUCUGGGGGGCUCCCCAGGGACUUCAGGAACUCCUGAGUCACCCAGGACCCCCGGAGGAACCCGGCGACUACGGGACUUCUACGAGCAGCUGUGGAGCGGCAGCAAGACCGGGUCUCCGGUGCACGAGACGAAGGCCACUGCCGUGGAUGUGACCGAGAUGGAAAAGCGACUGGAAGAAGAGAAAAGGAAGAGGAUGACAGAGAGUGCAGACUUGAGAGAGAGGGUGACGCUCAGACACGCCGGGGCUACGCCCAGGAGAGAUGUAAAAGUGUCCCGAUGGGGCAGCGGGGCGUCCUCUAGCAGCAGCGCGCACGAUUCCUUCGAGGAAGUGGUAGAACACACGGUGGAGGAAGGUGAUCUGGCGGAGGUCGACGGAAAACUCACCGGAGGAAAAGUAGUUCAGUUUGAAAGAGUCACGGUUCACAAAACCGUUCGCGAGUUUGUGCCGUCUAAGAUCUCAGUGAGUCGAACCCCAUCCGAGGAGCAGCUCACUAGAGAAGACUCCGCGUACUUGAGUCAGAAGAGUUUGGGUUCGAGAACAUCUUCGGUGACGUCACUUGCCAGUGUCAAGUCGGAGGAUUUGCUGGAAGAGCAGCACCAGUGGUACCAGGACUACCAGCACACCAUACAUCCUGGGGUGGUCAGACGGGAGGUGAGGAGCAGAACACAGUAUGACACCCACAUCCAGCAGAUCAGAGACAUACAGACACACAGACAGACAGACAGGAGACGGAUGUUCUCACAAAGGGGUCCAAAUUCAAGACAAGUGGGUCAAAUACCAUGUGGCAAUUUGGAGUCCUUGGACAACAAUGAACAGCCUCGUCCGGCCUUCGCGCCCGAUUGUGGCCGAGACUGUGCUAGGUCGGGUGUCAGUGUCGGUGUCAAAUGUCCUGGUCUGUAUACCCAGAGUCCUCCGUCGUCACUCAGUACACGGUACACGCCCCGCGACCAUGGACUGGCUCCGGAGGAAGUUCGGGAGAAAAGGUAG